AUGUGCAUGCGUAUCGUGUGUGUACCUUUAAACAGCAUCAAGUCGGAGGUUUAAAGUUAGUGAACAUGUGACAAUCUCGAUGACCGGCUGUUGCACUUAAAUGAUCAGUGCUUGUUUUGUGAUUUUUUAAUGAAUGAGUGCAGAUUUGUGCAGUGCUUGGGAGAGUGCACCAUUGGGAGCUUUUUACCAGAGGGGUUGCCCAAGUGUUCGGUCAAACUGCCUGCUUGGGAAAACAUAACUAACGCCCUGCCUCGAUUCCACAUACCAGCCAUGCCGGCCGUGCGAUCCAAGCGCGGCUGGUGCGGCUGUCUUCAAGAUGACGAACCCCCUGAAAUAACCUACUGCGUGGUGGAGAACACCGGAACCCUCACUCUUCAGGCCAUCACCCCGACACAACCAAUGCCCUCGCAGGAAGAACUGGAUGCCAAAUUUGCUGAACUUGUGGAAGAGCUCGACUUGACAGCCCCUAAUAAGGCUGCCAUGUUGAGUUUGCCAUCGCAGAAAAAAUGGCAAAUAUAUUGCUCAAGAAAAGGAGGAGAAGACACCGUGGACCAAACGCACGCACCUGAACACUACAUCGAAAGACUGCGAACUUUAGCAACAUUGCAAUACCCUGAAGCCAACACUGAGGAAGAAGUGAGGACACGGACGAAACAAAUCGAUGGCUUGAAAACGGCACUUCGGACGUCAACGCACAGUUUUGUAAUAAAAUUUAUCGAAUUAGAUGGCCUGUCGGCACUUUUAGACUGUUUGGAACGUAUGGACUAUUUCACGGCUCAAAGCUCGAUUCAUACGAGCAUAAUUGGUUGUGUUAAAGCUCUGAUGAACAAUUCGACUGGGCGAGCUCACGUUUUGGCGCACCCGACAAGCAUCAACACCAUAGCUCAGUCUCUAAGCACUGAAAAUAUCAAAACAAAAAUCGCAGCUCUUGAAAUUUUGGGUGCGGUUUGUUUGGUGUCGGGUGGGCAUAAGAAGGUGUUAGAUGCAAUGCUUCAUUACCAAAAAUAUGCGUUCGAAAGGACAAGGUUUCAAGGAAUCAUCAACGAUUUGGAUCGCUCGACUGGAAUCUACCGCGAUGAGGUUAAUUUGAAAACCGCUAUAAUGUCAUUCGUUAAUGCUGUACUGAACUAUGGCCAAGGGCAAGAGAACUUAGAAUUUAGGUUACACCUCCGAUACGAGUUUCUCAUGCUGGGUAUUCAGCCAAUCAUCGAUAAAUUGCGAAGUCACGAGAAUGAGACGCUGGACCGCCACUUGGAUUUUUUCGAAAUGGUGCGAAACGAAGACGAGAAGGAGCUAGCUCGGAAGUUCGAGCUUGAGCACGUUGAUACCAAAAGUGCAACCGCAAUGUUUGAUCUCAUUAGACGUAAAUUAAGCCACACUGCGGCCUACCCGCACCUGCUGUCUCUCCUAGAGCACUGUCUCCUGCUCCCCUUGGACUACGGCUCCCACCCCCAACACUGGCUCCUCUUCGACCGCAUCGUCCAACAAAUCGUCCUCCAACAAGACAACGACGUCAAAAACCCCGACGUUUCCCCCAUAGAUAUCAACGUCAAAGAAAUCGUCCACCUCCUCGCAAAAGAAGAAGAACUGACCGAAGCGCGGAAAAAAGCCGAGGAACUCGAACGCGAGAACACAGACAUGUCAAACAAACUUGCGAAAAAAGAACAAGAGCUCGACCAACGCACCCAGGAAAAAGAGGAUAUUGAGUCGAGCUUAGCCCGGAUUAAAGAACGUCUCGAAAAGGAAACAGCGGCGCAUAUUGAAACCCAACAACGUUUGAACGAACUCGAAUAUAGAGCUGCAGAUUUGGACAGACAAGUGUCAUGUGAAAGGGGUGAGAGAUUCCGGUUGGAGCGCUUGGUCAGCUCGGGGAGUAUUCCAGACGAUGCGAAAGUGCAAGGUUUGAAAUCGACGGUGGAUGUGGAGUAUAAGAGUCCACCGCCGCCGCCGCCAUUGGCACCGCCGCCGCCUCCACCGGCCCCCGGGCCGCCACCGCCUCCGAAUGCCCCCAUGGCGCCGCCGCCGGAACCCUUCAAGGUUGAAACAGUCAAGAAAAAUAUUCCACAACCGGCGAAUCCUUUAAAAUCAUUCAAUUGGUCGAAAUUGCCUGAAACUAAGCUAGCAGGGACGAUUUGGAGCGAGUUGGAUGAUACUAAGUUGUACAAUACGAUGGAGUUGGAUUGUAUUGAUAAAUUAUUCUCGGCGUAUCAGAAGAAUGGAGUGACGAACGACGGUUCGAUUGAGGAUUUGCGCCAGAUGGGCAAGAACCGAACCAAAGUAUUAUCAGUGAUAGACAGCCGUCGUGCCCAAAACUGCACCAUCCUGCUCUCGAAACUCAAAAUGUCCGACGAAGACAUCACUAAAGCCAUCUUGAGCAUGGACUGCAAAGAGCAACUCCCAAUCGACAUGGUCGAGCAACUCUUGAAAUUCACGCCAAGUUCCGAAGAAGCAGCUCUUUUGGAAGAACACAGCGACGAAAUCGACUCGUUGGCCCGCGCCGACCGCUUCCUAUACGAAAUUUCCAAGGUGCCUCACUACGAACAAAGACUCCGCAGCUUGCACUACAAGAAACGGUUCCAAGUCACCCUCAACGAGAUCAUUCCGCGCAUCACUAGCGUAAUGGAGGCCUCCCGCGAGGUGUCCCGCUCCCGUCGUCUUCGACGGCUUUUGGAAAUAGUUUUAGCGUUAGGAAACUACAUGAAUCGAGGGGCUAGAGGGAACGCUUCCGGCUUCCGUCUCGCGUCACUAAAUAGACUUGCUGAUACCAAAUCAAGUGCCGCCAAAGGCACGACGUUGCUUCAUUAUCUAGUACAAAUAAUCGAGAAGAAAUUCAAAGAUAUACUGCGUUUAGACGAGGAUAUUCCACAUGUUAGAGUAGCAGCCAAAGUGUCCUUAGGCGAACUUAGCAAGGAUAUGGCGCAGCUGAGACUAGGAUUGAAGGACGUAGCGAAAGAAAUUGAAUUUCAUCUAAGUCAGAGUCCUUUAGCUAACGAUAAGUUCGUUCCUGUCAUGAGGGAGUUCCAAGCUACGGCCACGUGCCGACUGGCUGAAGUCGAAGACCAGUAUCAAGACAUGAAGACGAGGUUUGAGCGCGCAGUUCGUCUCUUUGGCGAAGACCCGACGAACGCCCAACCCGACGAAUUCUUCGGCGUUUUCGACGCGUUUUUAACCUCGUUCACUGAAGCCCGCCAAGACAACGAAAACAUGCGCCGCCGACAGGAGGAGGAGGAAAAGCGAGCGAAACAAGAAGCGGAGUUGAAGAAACUCACCCUUGAGCGAAAGCACAGUCGGGAGGGAAUUCUCUCAUCGAUUAAUAAAAGUUUGAGUCUGAAAAAUGGGGAAAGUGCGAAGGGAGAGUUCGACGAUUUAAUUUCUGCCUUAAGAACGGGCGAUGUUUUCGGCGAAGAUAUGGCAAAGUUUAAAAGGUCGAGGAAGAGUCGGGUGACUGGAAAUUCGCCACCGAGGCGGAAUUCAGUCAAUCGGGAAGACAGCAGAGAGAGAAUUGUUAGUAGCGGAAGGAGGCAGUAAUUUUUUUGCUCAUUAUUACAGCUUUUGGAUAUUUGUUGUGCUACUUCAUAUUUAACGGUGCCCUGGCCUAAAUGUGUUUAUUUCUGUUUUUUUGUGAUCGAUUUUGUAAUAAUUGGACCAAUACUUACGAUGUAAGCAAUUGAUAUAUUUUUUAUUAUACUAGUGCUGCCAAAUAAGCUUCACAAUUUUUAUCUAGAUUAUCGUUUGUAUUAUAUUAACACCAAUGUAUGGAUUUUAUACAUUAUAACAAGAUUGUAUGUUUGUAUGACGUAGCUGUAGUCCAUGUUUAUAUAUUGAUUAAGGUUUAGACAGAUUGUGCUCUGCAUUGAAAUGGAACUGAUUAUACAUUUUAAUGUUAAAUAUACUAUUGUUAAUUUAUUUAA